AUGGACGUUGUCGCAAUAUCCGCUUGUGUCGUCGUUUGCGCGGUAUUCUACGCGGUUGCGAAGCUCGUGAAUAAGCUCGCAAUCAGAGAUGACGCCUCCAAAUUCGAGGGACCGCCAAGCUUACCCUUGAUUGGAAGUGCCCAUCUAUUUAUAGGAGGUGGCGAAGCCAUUCUGAGAAGGACUAGAGAAUUUGAGAAGUUGUAUUGCAAGCCGUAUCGAAUAUUUAUAGGCAGCCAAGCAUAUUUCGUGACGAGUAAUCCUGACCAAAUAAAGGUGAUAUUAAAUAGUUCGAAGACUAUCGAUAAGCCUGACAAAUUCACGGAUUUCUUCCAACCAUGGCUGGGUUCAGGAUUACUCACCAGUCCCGCGCCGAUGUGGCGAGUUCACCGAAAACUGAUUCAGCCAACGUUCAGUUCUAACAUUCUCAAGUCUUUCCUCGAAAUAUUCGCCGCCAAGGCAGUGAUAUUGGUCAACCGAAUAGAGAAUCACGUAGACGGACCAGAAUUCGAAGUGCAGAAGUACUUCUCGCUGUGCACGCUGGACACAAUCUGUGGGACGGCGAUGGGUGUGGACUUGGAAGCGCAGACAAAAGGAGAAUGUCGAUACGCGGAAGCAACACGAUCGGUUCUGCGUGCUAUUUGUGCAAGAGCGUUCCAGCCAUGGUUACACCCGAAUUUCAUCUUUUACCGGACUAGACUUGGGAAAGACCACCAAGAAAAGAUUAAGUUCUUGCACAGCUUUGCCGAAAACGUGAUACAGACGAAGAAGAGGCAAAUCCUUGAGCGGACUUCUCGAUCAGGAUCAGUAGAUGAUGAAUACAAAGACUGUGAUCCGACGGCCCACCGUGAGAUAUUUUUAGACCGUCUCGUAAGAUUAUCCAGAAGCAACGAAACGCUGACAGACCGAGCGAUCCGCGAAGAAGUCGAUACAUUAAUUCUGGGUGGAAGUAACACAAUGCCAAUUGCGAUGUCGUUUUUGAUGUUGAUGCUGGCUUCUAACCAAAAUAUACAGCAUAAGGUGUACGAGGAAUUAUACGAGAUUUAUGGGGACGAAGAUGAUGGAGAGCUAAGCAUCACCGCGGAAAACUUGUCACGCAUGGUGUACUUGGAACGAGUGAUAAAAGAAACUCUCCGACUGUUUCCAGUCUUUCCGGUUAUCUUCCGAAAGGUGACGGAGGAUUUGAAUUUAGGUGAGCGCACUUUGCCAAAAGGAAGCGCAGCUGUUAUCUACAUUAUGGGAGCGCACAGAAGCGAGGAAAACUGGCUCGAUCCACUUAAGUUUGAUCCCGACAGAUUCUUACCAGAAAAAUUCGCAGAGCAACAUCCAUAUUCGUUUAUUCCUUUUUCCGGUGGACCACGAAAUUGUAUAGGCUUCAAAUACGCCAUGCUGUUCAUGAAGACGCUCGCGGCAACACUUCUUCGGAAGUACACUUUCACCAAGAAUAAAAUUGUACCGGUGGAGAAUGUCCGAAUCAAACUGGAAAGUGAAUUGCAGCCCGCAGAGCCCAUCACCGUAGGGAUCAAGAGACGGAUGCAAAAAACUGAACUUACCUCGGACACUUCCAUUUCCCCGUAA